AGUGUUAUUUAAAUAUAUUUAAGAUAUAUAUUUUGUUUCAGAAAACCUGCCGACUCCAUGACGUCAGAAGGAGAAAGGUGUGGGGGAUUAGGAUCUUUUUUGGCGAUGUCUUGCAGGGGAAGGGCGGAAGCCUUCGCCAGGAGGUUGCACACCAAACUCAGAUCUUUGGGCUCCCAGGAUGAAAACGGCUCGGCUGAUGAGAGCAGCUGGUUGGCAGCUCACGAAAAUCCCAUUACCAUAUCACAACCUGCUCAUUCGGCCAACGCUGAACAGUUUUUAGAUCUGGAAAUACUCGAAUCACCUGGAAGCCCAGAAGAAGAAAUAGAUGAAGUAGAUUUAAAUAAGUUAAUGAAUAAAGAUACCCUCCAAUCCUUAUGCACGAAAGAUAGUGAAAAAAGCACUUUAACAUCCAUAGCACAACAAUCAGCAGUAAUAGCAGCAACCACAAAUUCUAAUGAUAGUGAUAGUGAACAAUUUUACGAUACGGAAGAUGAACGGUUGUUAAACCACGUAAAUGGUAUAGAGGAUUCAGAGGAAAAAAGUGAUACCUACCUAAGUUCUCAAGAUUUCUCUUUAACGUCCGAUUUCACCGGUGCUACAAUAAGUGAAGAUGCUUCCUUGCUCAGUUUUAAACAAGAAGAUUUAAGUUUGGAUGUCGAUAGUUCUUUAACAGAUAUCUCGAAGUAUAACGGCGAUAUUAGUCCCACGUGUGAUAAGAGCAGUGUCAAAAUAGUUAUAAGUGAUGAUAAAAGUGUAAAUACAGACUGCGGUAAUUCUUAUGAAAGUAAAGAACCUGAGUUACUAAUGGAGCAGGAAAAAGAUGAUGUGGAAGAGUUGGAAGAAAAGCAGCCCAGGGUAAAAAGAAGUACUUCACUAAAAUCCGGCAAAACACCUCCAGGAACGCCAGGACAGAAGAAGUAUGUAAGAUUUGCGGACGCACUCGGAUUGGACUUAGCAGACGUCAGGACAUUUAUGGAUGAAAUACCAAAAAUUCCAACAUCGGCUUAUGAAGAUCUAGUCAACGCAGAUCUCAGCGACUCUUCUUCGGAUAGCAAUCUGGCGACUCUUAUCUCUAGAGUAGAAUUAAAACCCCAAAAAUAUCUUCUUCCUAUGUUUCAGCAACCAGCUGGACUACCGAACUUUCUUGAUUUAGUGAGAGAAUACAAUGUGUGCCUAGAAAAUGUUUAUGUUGAUGAUCCUAUUUUACUUUCCUUGAAAGGUACAGUUCGAGUUCGAAAUCUGGAUUUUCACAAAUCUGUUUACAUCAGAUACUCACUGGAUUCCUGGAAUACCUUCGCGGAUAUCCAGGCUACCUACGUAGAUAAUUCGUGUGAUGGUUUCUCAGAUAAAUUUACGUUUUUAUUAUAUGCUCACACAUUGAGUAUCGGCCAGAAGUUGGAAAUUGCUUGUCGGUUUCAGUGUAGGGGAUGCCAGUUUUGGGACAAUAAUAAAGGUGUAAAUUACUGUUUUCAAUGCUUACCAGCAUCACAUCCUAGUACCCCAGGCACUAGUAUGAUACCGCAACCUCAUGAUGAUUGGGGAGGAGCUAGUUUUUAUUAG